AUGCCAGUCACUACAAUUUCUAAUAUGAACGAUUCUCGAAUCUGUGUGGUGAUGGUUGGUCUGCCAGCUCGUGGUAAGUCCUUCAUAUCCCAGAAGAUUCUCCGCUAUUUGUCCUGGUUGUCGAUCAAUGCGAAGUGUUUCAAUGUUGGGAACUAUAGGUACAAAGCUGGUGUGAUCAAACCUGAUGCUAAGUUUUUUGACUUUAACAACCCAGAAGGCUACAGAGUUCGUGAGGAGGCCGCACAGCAAGCUGUCAGUGAUAUGCUUAAGUGGUAUGAAGAAGAGAAUGGUGUAGUUGCUGUUCUGGAUGCUACCAAUAGUACUAGGAAACGGAGAGAUUGGAUCUUAGAAAUCUGUGCCCAGAAUAAUAUUAUGCCGAUGUUCAUAGAGAGUUGGUGUGAUAAUGAAAAGAUAGUUGAAACCAACGUAAUCGAUAUUAGCACCACAUCUCCAGAUUAUGAAGGUAGUGACCCUGAGGAAUCGAAAAGGGACCUUUACAAUAGAAUUGCCUGUUACAGAGACGCAUAUGAAACGUUGAGUCUUGAAAAUGAUAAUAAUAUGACCUUUGUUAAGUUAGUGAAUAUUGAAGAUGAAAUAAUAAUCAACAAGAUUCAGAGCUACUUACAGAGUAGGAUCGUCUUCUAUGUUAUGAAUAUCCGUCCAAAGCCAAGAACAAUCUGGCUAUCGAGACACGGUGAAUCAAUCUACAACGUUGAGAAAAAAAUUGGUGGUGACUCACUGCUGUCACCAAGAGGUGUACAAUAUUCAAAAAAACUAAAGGAAUUAGUAGAUGAGCAUGUUGGAGAUGCGCCCUUAACUGUGUGGACUUCUACUUUGGUCAGAACACAACAAACUGCACAACAUUUGCCUUACAAGAAGUUACAAUGGAAGGCACUGGAUGAACUUGAUGCAGGUGUUUGUGACGGUAUGACCUAUGAAGAAAUCGAAGAAGUAUACCCAGAGGAUUUCAAAGCGAGAGAUGAAGACAAAUACGAAUAUAGGUACAGAGGUGGUGAAUCUUACAGAGAUGUUGUUGUUAGAUUAGAACCUGUUAUCAUGGAGUUGGAGAGACAAGAAAACGUCUUGAUUAUCACGCACCAGGCCGUAUUGAGAUGUAUUUAUGCAUAUUUCAUGAAUGUUCCGCAGGAGGAAUCACCAUGGAUGUCUAUACCCUUGCAUACGCUUAUUAAAUUAGAGCCAAGAGCCUAUGGAACCAAAGUUACCAGAAUCAAAGCAAACAUUCCAGCAGUCAGUACUUACAAAGAGAAAGGUACCAGUCAAGUCGGCGAAUCUGCAGCUGAUUUAUCCAAAUUCCAAAAACUGUUAGUUGACGCUCCUGAACUGAAAAAUUAG